AUGGCUGAAAGUGAUGGAAAACAAAAAAUAAAAUGGACAACCACCAUUAUUAUUAGCUCAUCUCUUAAGAGUUAUGAAGUUGCAGCUGCCCUAGAAAAUCGAAGCCACAAGGUUCGGUAUUCAGAUUCAGUGGAAAAUGGAUCAAUUAUAUUUUCUCUUUCAGGAGUUGCAUUUUUAUUGAUGGAUGCUAGAGAAUGCUUUAUGUCUGCUGAAGAAACAUUUCUAGCCAAAAUUGAGAAGUUUAUUAACAUUCACCAAAAUAGUUUCUUGGUUCUGUCUGCUGCCCUGCAUGGACCUGAAGAAUGGAAACUGAUGUUCAGGAUUCAGCAGAGAUUCCUGGGUAGUAACUUACGGAUACUUCCAGUACACAACACAGUAAAUGCUAUUAAUCUUAUGUGCACCAUAGCUAAGAUCACCUCCAAAUCAUACAUAGAUAGCAUCUGCUACAGAAUGAUAACAACUAAAGCUUACAUCAUUGAGCGAAGUCCUGUGUGGAAAACACUUCAGAAGAUAAAACUGAGUAGUGAUACAUUUAACCCAAAUUAG